AUGCCGGACUGCCCAGUGCAAGGUGCAAGUAUUGAGUUUGGACCAGUAAAGCAACUCAAUCCCGACAAUGCCUGCGCUGGCGACAAGAACAAGGGUGCCGUGCCUCAGGAAGAACCAUGUAUGCCUCCUGAACAAGACCAGUACCUGCCAAUCGCAAGCGUCACAAGGAUCAUGCGUAAUGCUUUCGGCUAUGACCGCAAGUAUAUUAGCUUUGUGACCGCUGAAGCUAGCGAGACUUGCCAAUCUGAGCGACGUACGACAAUAACUGCUGGCGAUAUGCUUUCGGCUAUGAGCAAUCUCGGGUUCGAAGAUUACGUUGAACCACUCAAUGUGUUCAUUCAUCGGUACCGUCUGUCCGAGACCGAUCGUGGGUGUUCACUUAGAGGUGAAACAUCGUCGUUUGACCCGGCCUAUGGAGGAAGUGGUACUGGGUUUCACGGCCCACCUCCUCCGGGUCCUUAUGGUUGCGGUAUGUUGGAUCAGUCUAUGGUUUUGGGCGGUGGUGAUCAGUACUACCCAAACGGGUCGGGACAGGAUUCAAUUACUGGUGGUGGUGGAUCUUCAUCUUCUAUGAAUGGAAUGCCGUUAUGUGACCAUUGUGGUCACUACAAGUGA